AGUCCCGUCGGGAAGUGCGCAUAGCCACGCAGGCGCAUUAACGGCACGCGGCCUAGAGCCGUUGGUUGACAGUUGGCCGGUGUCUCGCGCGUCGCAAAGACGGUCCCGGUCUGACCCGAUGUAACCUCCAUCUCUUUGCCGGCCGCACGUUCAUCGGUUUUCACCCGGUCACCGGAGCCUCCGUGACGAGUAGCUGAGGUGGGGAUAGCAGCUUGGAUGAGCACCCUGCUGAAGCUGCUCCGAUCUAUGCCGGCCCUCGGCUCGAGAGCAGCAAUAAUGACCUCAGCAACCCAUGCCAUGGAUGGGCCAGUGGCAAGUGCCAUCCACCUUAAACUGGAGCGGAGCCUGAUGCCCACACACUUGCAGGUCAUCAACGAGAGCUACAUGCAUGCAGUGCCUCCUGGCUCCGAGACCCACUUUAAAGUGGUGGUGGUGAGUGAGAGAUUUGAGGGGGUGCCUUUGCUCCAGAGACAUCGGAUGGUCAACGACGUCCUGAAGCAGGAACUGGAGACCAGGAUCCAUGCUCUUUCGAUCCAGGCCAAGACACCCCAGCAAUGGGGAACCGAGCCUCAUGUCGACAGGAGCCCAGCCUGUCUGGGAGGGUCUAAACACGACCCAAAUGUGGCAGUCAAACUGGAAGCAUUUUCAAAAGACUGAGGUGCUCUGAGCAGGUUAUGUAGGCCCCAGGACAACAGGACUGAUAAAGACAGAGGGAGUCACAGUCAUAUUGCAAACUGCUCAAAUGUUCCAACAAGGCAAAACUUCGUCAUGUGCUUCUUUAAAUAUGGCAGUUGAUCAAGAAAAUAAAUUUGUUUGCCUUGCAAUUUCAA